AUGGGCAUUGCAAGUGAUGCAGUGCUAAGGAGACUGCUUACAGAAGAAGAUUUAACAUUUAAAAAGGCAAUGAACAUGGCAAGCAUUAUAGAACAAGCCUCUAAGGAUGCUAAUGUAUUACACAGCAGACUGGACAACACACAGGAGGCAGAGCUAGAAGUUUUAAAAUUAGAUGCUAGAGCACAGAGUGUACCACAGGGAAAGAGACUUUCAAAACAGGAACAUUCGCAUUACAAAUGUUAUCGCUGCAGAGCUACUACACAUGUUGCAACUACAUGCAGAUUCAAGGAUGCCAAGUGUCAUGCUUGUGGUAAAAUGGGCCACCUACAAAGAGUGUGUAAAUCCACAGCGCAGAGAGGCAAUAAUCGCUUGAGAGACAGAGCAUAG